AUGGGCGCAGAAGAACCUUGCGAGGCAUGCAGCUGGACAUCAGAGCGUCAACAUUCUAGUCGCUACAUCAGCCAUGUCAAACUUUUCUACAGCAUGAGCGACCGUGGGGCAUGCUUCGAAGUUCAGAACAUCCGUUUCCUAGAAGAAAGGACUACAAUUCCGAUCCCAAAGGUUACCCUGGACUAUUACGACAACGACCGCUAUUUUAUGCUUACAGAACGCAUUCCUGGUGAUCUCCUCAGUAAUGUGUGGGGACAGUUCAUGCAGAGCCUCGGCGAACAACCACUAUAUUCAGCAUUCCUGUUUCCGAAUGGAUAUGGUGUUCCCCAUGGUCCCCUCUCUUCGGACGACGAGCUUUGGGCGGAGUUAGCAACUGGGUUGGAAGAUCUACCUGAGCAAGCUCUUCGGCGGUUGCGGGAGCGCAUGCCUCCUGCAGAACCCUAUACCUUCACUCAUGGAGACUUGGCUAUUGUGAACAUCAUUGAAAGUAGUGGCUAUUAUCCUAUCUGGUGGGAAUUCACUUGUGCGGGGAUUGGCUUGGGGCAAGAAGACCAUGAAUGGAAGGCUUUACUGAGGGAGUAUAUGCCUUCAUAUCAAGUGGCAAGAGAAUUCUGGGUGGACCUGUAUGCCCUUCGCACCUAUCCUGAUCUGAACGAGCGAGGGAAAGCAGUACUCGCUAGACUGCAACGUGACCAGGUUAUAGAAUAG